GAGGUGAGAGGAGAGAGGGUGGAAGGGAGCCGGGAGAGGACCACGGAGAAUCUGGAGCGUCAGAGGGAGAAGAGGGAGGAGAAGGGUUAGGGGAGCAAGGAGGAGGAGAGGGCAGAGGAGGAGAGAUCAGCUGCGAAAAUCCCCCCCCAACCCCCCCCCGCCAGAGGCGAGCUGGGAGCCCUGGAGAAGCUGGGCACCUGGAGGCAGCCCCGACCCUGCGCCCUGCGCGAUGCAGCUCCGGCUCUUCUGCAUCCUGCUGGCCUGGGUGUCGGGAGCCCGGGGCUGGGGCUACUAUGGCUGUGAUGAAGAGCUGGUGGGGCCCCUCUACUAUCGCUCCCUGGGCGCCUCCUCUUACUACAGUUUUUUCACAGCACCCCGCUUUGCCCGUCUGUAUGGCAUUAGCGGAUGGUCUCCCCGGAUCGGGGACCCAAAUCCCUGGCUCCAGAUAGAUUUAAUGAAGAAGCACCGCAUCCGAGCCGUGGCCACGCAGGGUUCCUUUAACUCGUGGGACUGGGUCACACGUUACAUGCUGCUCUACGGUGACCGGGUGGACAGCUGGACACCUUUCUACCAGCAAGGGCACAACUCGACCUUCUUCGGGAACGUGAAUGAGUCGGCCGUGGUCCGCCAUGACCUGCACUACCACUUCACAGCGCGAUACAUCCGCAUCGUGCCCUUGGCCUGGAACCCGCGCGGCAAGAUCGGCCUGCGGCUCGGCCUCUACGGCUGCCCCUACAAGUCCGACGUGCUCUACUUCGACGGCGACGAUGCUAUCUCCUACCGCUUCCCGCGCGGGUACAGCCGCAGCCUGUGGGACGUGGUCGCCUUCAGCUUCAAGACGGAGGAGAAAGACGGGCUCCUGGUGCACGCCGAGGGCGCCCAGGGCGACUACGUGACGCUCGAGCUCCAGGACGCGCAUUUGCUGCUGCACAUGAGCCUGGGCAGCAGCCCCAUCCAGCCCAGGCCAGGCCACACCACGGUGAGUGCCGGAGGCGUCCUCAAUGACCUGCACUGGCAUUAUGUCCGGGUGGACCGAUUUGGCCAGGAUGUGAACUUCACCUUGGAUGGCUACGUGCAGCGCUUCAUACUCAAUGGCGACUUUGAGAGGCUGAACCUGGACAACGAGAUGUUCAUCGGGGGCCUGGUUGGCGCCGCUCGGAAGAACCUGGCCUACCGGCACAAUUUCCGGGGCUGCAUAGAGAACGUCAUCUUCAACCGGGUCAACAUCGCCGACCUGGCUGUGCGGCGCCACUCGCGGAUCGCCUUCGAGGGUAAGGUGGCGUUCCGGUGCCUGGACCCCGUCCCUCACCCCGUCCACUUCGGAGGGCCCCACAACUUCCUGCUGGUGCCCGGCUUCCCGCGGCGCGGCCGCCUGGCCGUGUCCUUCCGCUUCCGCACGUGGGACCUCACGGGACUGCUCCUCUUCUCCAGCCUGGGCGACGGGCUGGGCCACGUGGAGCUGAUGCUCAGCGAGGGCCAGGUCAACGUGUCCAUCGCCCAGGCCGGCCGCAAGAAGCUGCAGUUCGCUGCUGGGUUUCGGCUCAACGAUGGCUUCUGGCACGAGGUGAAUUUCGCUGCCCAGGAGAACCACGCGGUCAUUAGCAUCGACGACGUGGAGGGGGCAGAGGUCAGGGUCUCAUACCCACUGCUGAUCCGAACGGGGACCUCAUACUUCUUUGGGGGUUGUCCCAAGCCAGCCAGUCGAUGGGGCUGCCACUCCAACCAGACGGCAUUCCACGGCUGCAUGGAACUGUUCAAAGUGGACGGUCAGCUGGUCAACCUGACACUGGUGGAGUUCCGGAAGCUCGGCUUCUUCGCCGAGGUCCUCUUUGACACAUGUGGUAUCACUGACAGGUGCAGCCCUAACAUGUGUGAGCAUGAUGGCCGCUGCUACCAGUCCUGGGAUGAUUUUAUCUGCUACUGCGAGCUCACGGGCUACAAGGGCGUGACCUGUCAUGAGCCUUUGUAUAAGGAAUCUUGUGAAGCGUAUCGGCUCAGUGGGAAAUAUUCUGGAAACUUCACCAUUGACCCUGAUGGCAGCGGCCCCCUGAAGCCAUUCAUGGUGUACUGCGAUAUCCGAGAGAACCGGGCAUGGACCGUGGUGCGGCAUGACAGGCUGUGGACCACGCGGGUGACAGGCUCUAGCAUGGAGCGGCCCUUCCUGGGGGCUGUCCAGUACUGGAACGCAUCCUGGGAGGAAGUGGGCGCUCUGGCCAACGCCUCCCAGCACUGUGAACAGUGGAUCGAAUUCUCCUGCUACAACUCCCGGCUGCUCAACACAGCAGGAGGCUACCCCUACAGCUUCUGGAUGGGCAGGAACGAGGAGCAGCAUUUCUACUGGGGCGGCUCCCAGCCCGGCAUCCAGCGCUGUGCCUGCGGGCUGGACCGCAGCUGCGUGGACCCCGCCCUGCACUGUAACUGUGAUGCCGACCAGCCACAGUGGAGAACGGACAAGGGGCUGCUGACCUUUGUGGACCAUUUGCCUGUCACCCAGGUGGUGGUGGGGGACACGAACCGCUCCAGCUCCGAGGCCCAGUUCUUCCUGAGGCCUCUACGCUGCUACGGUGACCGCAACUCCUGGAACACCAUCUCCUUCCACACGGGGUCCACGCUCCGCUUCCCCCCGAUCCGGGCCAACCACAGCCUCGACGUCUCCUUCUACUUCAGGACCUCGGCUCCCUCCGGCGUCUUCCUGGAGAACAAGGGGGGCCGUUACUGCCAGUUUCGGCGGCCUUACUUGCGGGUGGAACUUAACACCUCCAGGGAUGUGGUCUUCGCAUUCGACAUUGGCAACGGGGAUGAGAACCUGACAGUGCACUCGGAGGAUUUCGAAUUUAAUGACGACGAGUGGCACCUGGUGCGGGCGGAGAUCAACGUGAAGCUGGCCCGGCUGCGCGUGGAUCACCGGCCCUGGGUGCUGCGGCCGAUGCCCCUGCAGACCUACAUCUGGCUGGAGUAUGACCAGCCCCUCUAUGUCGGAUCUGCGGAGCUUAAGAGACGCCCUUUUGUGGGGUGCUUGAGGGCUAUGCGUCUGAAUGGGGUGACUCUGAACCUGGAGGGUCGUGCCAACGCCUCAGAGGGCACCUCCCCCAACUGCACAGGCCACUGCGCCCACCCCCGAUUCCCCUGCUUCCAUGGAGGCCGCUGUGUGGAGCGCUACAGCUACUACACGUGUGACUGUGACCUCACGGCGUUUGACGGGCCGUACUGCAACCACGACAUCGGCGGGUUCUUCGAGCAGGGCACCUGGAUGCGCUAUAACCUGCAGUCGGCCCUGCGCUCUGCCGCCCGCGAGUUCUCGCACAUGCUCAGCCGCCCGGUGCCUGGCUAUGAGCCUGGCUACAUCCCUGGCUAUGACACUCCCGGCUACGUGCCGGGGUACCAUGGGCCCAGGUACCGCCUGCCUGACUACCCACGGCCCGGCCGGCCCGUGCCCGGGUACCGCGGGCCCGUCUACAACGUCACGGGGGAGGAGGUAUCCUUCAGCUUCAGCACCACCUCGGCCCCCGCGGUCCUGCUCUAUGUCAGCUCCUUCGUGCGCGACUACAUGGCCGUGCUCAUCAAAGAGGACGGGACCCUGCAGCUGCGCUACCAGCUGGGCACCAGCCCCUACGUGUACCAGCUGACCACACGGCCGGUGACCGACGGCCAGCCCCACAGUGUCAACAUCACACGGGUCUACCGCCAGCUCUUCAUCCAGGUGGACUACUUCCCGCUAACCGAACAGAAGUUCUCCUUGUUGGUGGACAGCCAGCUGGACUCACCCAAGGCUUUGUAUCUUGGGCGUGUCAUGGAGACGGGCGCCAUUGAUCCGGACAUCCAGCACUACAACACCCCGGGCUUCUCGGGAUGCCUCUCCGGCGUGCGCUUCAACAACGUGGCUCCGCUCAAGACCCACUUCCGGAGCCCGCGCCCCAUGACGGCCGAGCUGGCCGAGGCCCUCCGGGUGCAGGGAGAGCUGUCGGAGUCUAACUGUGGUGCCAUGCCACGUCUGGUCUCAGAGGUGCCGCCUGAGCUGGACCCCUGGUAUCUGCCCCCAGACUUCCCGUACUACCACGAUGAUGGAUGGGUGGCCAUACUUCUAGGCUUUUUGGUGGCCUUCUUGCUGCUGGGGCUGGUGGGGAUGCUGGUGCUCUUCUACCUACAGAACCAUCGCUACAAGGGCUCCUACCACACCAACGAGCCCAAGGCCACCCACGAUUACCAACCUGGCGGCAAACCUCCCCCGACUUCGGGGCCUGCCCAGGCGCCCGCUCCUACACCAGCCCCCACAGAAGUUCCAGCCCCUGCCCCUGCCCCGGCCCCUGCACCGGCCCCGGCCCCAGCCCCCGCCCCAGUUCUAGUCCCUCGGGAACAAAACCUUCCACAGAUCCUGGAGGAGUCCAGGUCUGAAUGAACCAGGGGAAGAACUAGUCCGUCUCCUCUGACCCCAUGAGUCCCACCCCUCCCCCGCCCCCAGCAGGGACAUCGGGCUCCUUGUAGCUGGCUCUGCUCAUCCAGAGGAGAGCCCCCUCCUGCCAGGUCUGGUGGGUAGAGCCGAGCCUCACUGCCUAAACCAAUGUCCUGCCUGUCCCCGUGCUCCCAGCUCCUGGUUGUUUGCCUGUCCCCAAAGAGGAAGCCGAGAAGGCCCCGGUGCGCCUCCCUCCCGGCUGCGGCCACGGUCCCAGCAGAGCGCAGGGGAGGUGAACUGCCUCCUGCAAACACGGGGUCUCACUCAGCAGGAACAGAUGUGAGGAGUUGCAGGGGUGCGCAGGGGCAUGAGGUGGGGGGAGGAGGCUGCUAAAUCCCAUCUCCUAGCCUCCCCUCUGCCCCGCAGAACGUCCUCCAUCUGCUUCUACUCAGCCGGACAGUUAGGGGGUCUUCUCUGCUCUUCCCUCCUACCCCCUUUUCCUUUUUUUUAACAGAGACCACGAGGCCUCAGUUUAGCACUUUAGUACCUCCGCUGCUUCACACGCUUUAGCCAAAGCCAUAAAAAAGAAAAAAACAAAAAAAACCUUGCGAUGUAGAGAGAAAAGAUGCAGACCCUGACCUGCUUGCCCUCUACUCUCCUCCCUCUUCCAAGAUAUGCAACCACCCGGGUGCCUGUCUGCAGGCUCGGCCCCCCCUGCAUGCGGAGCCUUUUUCCCUCUGCUCAGAUGCUGCUGCGCUUGCCCAGGUCGUCGUCACUUUCUUUGUAUACUUGUUGUUGCAAAGCCCCUCCCUAGAGAAACACUCUAUAUUAACUAAUUUUUUUUAAACAUCAGUUUAUAUAUAAAAGAGAAAAAAAAAAUCCAUGAUUGUCCUGUGCCGUGCCCACUGUCCAGACUGCUGCUCCUGUGUCGGGAAGGGGGUCUGCGGCCCGCCCAGCCCGGCCCCUGCUCUGAAGCUCCGCUCCAACUCGGAGCUGUUCUAAUAAAGCCGAGAGGCAGA